AUGGAACCUGAGGCUGGUGAUUUCUCAGGACUUGAAGUCAACGGCAUCGAGGUCGUGCCGGGACUGGACGAGGCCCAGAUAUGUGGCCAGCCUGGAUUUACGGGUGGCGACCUCCAUGACGACUUCUUUGAGGCGGUAUACGCCCACAUAACCACAGGCGACGACGUGUUGACCAGUGCGGCCGACCCUUACCUAUCGUUUCCAUUAGAGUUAAGCUUUGGGGAACCCCAGAGCUACGGUUCUGAUCCGGGGCUAUUGCCAAGCUAUGGUUCAUCUUUCGACUCCGGUAGUGGUGCCGUUCAUCCAUGGCGGAACGAAAUAGUAACCGUCAGCUCUUACAAUUCUCUUGAUUCGAGAUGUCUCGGAUUCAUGGGUUCAUUUGGGGAUCCAAUCGGCUCGACCGCACCCCCAUCGGUUGACUCUUUCACAGAGUACGAGGAUCCUCGCGGUAUCGAUAUCCCCCGUGCUGCAGGAUAUCACAAUCCGAGCAGAGUUGCACUCUCAGGUGUGCCGGAGGUGCCGCAUAUGUCGCAAUUCAGCCCGGAAGCAUUACAGGAAGACAUACGCGGCAUGGACCUUUCCGAACAGAGUCUGAUGUGGGACGCAAGAGGAUACUAUCCAGGCAGCUUCAAUUCGUUCAGCUCAGACAGCUUUCCAUCGCUGUCCGCUCCAGGACCGUCUUAUGCGGCAUGGCCGAAUCCAUCCGUCAUCAGACAGGACGGAACAAACAUGGUGAUCUCUGGUUCACAACAGUCCGCCACUUCCGACCAGCUGCCUCCCCAGGGUGAAACAGCUCUAGCUUAUGCGCAAUCGAUCGGCUCAAACGACGCACGUGCGGACAACCCUUGCAGCAUUGCUUCUGUUCCUCUCCGUCGGAGUCGGUCCACGAGUCAAUCCUCUACUCGGCGGACCCGAGGGACAAGCCGCACGCCUCGGACGCGGCGGGUAACUUUGGAAGGUCAAUCCUACCCAGGUCCUGUUGCCGGCUCUCAGGACUCCGGUCUCGAAGUCAUCCAGUAUCGGGCCAACGGGACUACUCAGGCUUUGGAGAAGAUUGGAGAGGAGUUUCACCCGGGCCGCAAACGAGGUGGCCGCAAGGGCCCUCUGCCGGAAGACGCAAAAAGGACUACUGCACUUGUUCGCGGCAAGGGCGCUUGCCAGCCCUAUCAUCUCGGAUGGCACCCAACCCCUAGAACUCUCAACAGCUUCCUUAAAUCCACGUUCUACCAGCUAAGCGAUGACGAGCUGACUGUACCACUAAUCCUGGACUUUGGACCGCCUCUCCUGGUUCAGGUUAGGGUGGUCUCCGUCAACAGCACCGACUUGCACUGCCUGUUCCACGAACACAGCGUUUACCCUUGGCCACCACUUAGACACUCUGAAGCUGAGAUACACAGUCAUCCAGUCUUUCCCGCCAAACUCUCGAAUUUACCAGACCUUCGCCUACGUCUUGAUCGUCACCUUGCACUCCUUGUAGACGAGCACUUCAAUAAGUUUCCCCUCUUUCCGUCCCAGUUUCAUGUCUUGAAGGAGUUCUAUCUUCUUUACAGGCGGAUCUCCAGGACUGAGCCUGCACGGGCGCGGAUCCUCCAACAAGCGCUUAAGCUUUUGGUACUUGUGCACAUCUCCGGCGACGCAAAGAUCGACCUUGCCGACCUCAAUGCUCAGCGCAUCGUCAGCAGGGUCUUGCCAGGCGGCACUGGGGCAAACGCGAAGCCAUGCUUCAUUCGUGGCGAGCUUGGGUUCGUCGUGCCGGAUCUUGCUCGCGAGCUGAUGAGUGAGGUUUUGUCAAGGCUCGAGGUGCUUUUUCUGGACCAAGAGUGCACGGAGUGGCCGAUCGUUAUCAGCACCCUCGGUGUACUGCUGAUGACCAUCGAGUCUGUUCAAUAUCAUUCCUCGAGGGUUGGAUACCACUCCUCACCCGGGUCCACCUCAGGUGAAUCACACAGAGUUGAGUGUCAGAUGAUGGACGAACAGGCUAUCGUCAUACUCCUCAAUUUCUACGGCAUGAGCUAUCCCAUUUGCCAUACCCAACUGCAAGAGGGGAGCCAUGGCUCGUCCGUAGCUAGUUCCAGCACCGCAAGCAAUGCAAACCCUUCAAUCGCCUUUGCGAGCGGUGUCAGGCGCGCCAUCAGUGAUGCCAGGCAGUACCUGCAGCACCGCCUCCAGAUGCCGGCGGCAAAGGCUGGGGACAUUGCCUAUUGCUUCGAUCACUGGCUUGCGAAGCUCUUCCUGUCCCGACCAUCUUUGACAGGUUCAGCGACAUGCUUCGGCGACGUACUCUGA